AUGAAAGAAAGAAAACUAAGAUGUAUGAAACCUAAUACUAAUACAAGACUAAACUAUCUUAAAAAACUUAAACUCUGUUUAGAUAAUUAUUGUAAAGAUGUCAAAGCAAAAAGAAAUAGGCUAUUGUUAGAUAAAGAAAUUGAAAGAAUAAAAAAUGAUCCGUACAUUAAACUAAUACUUACUUAUAUGGAAAAGAAAUCUAAUCAACUCAAUGAUUUAUGUGACUCACUUAACUUAAAUCAAUUUAUUCAAUGCAUUGAAAAUUCUACUCCUUAUUUAUAUAAACAAAAUACUUUUGAAAAUGCUUUGAAUCAAUUUAUGUCAUUACACAUUGGUGAUUAUAUUAAAGAAAAUGGUGAAAAUGAACAACGUUUUUAUCACAAAAAUGAAGAAUAUUUCUCUAAGCAAAAUCAAAAAGAAGAAGAACAAAGUGAAAACCAACCAAUUCAAAUUGUUCAACCAGUUACAAUUAUUAAUGAUAAUGAUGAUGAUAAAUAUCAAAUGGUUGGUGGAGGAAAUGCACUUAGUUCAUUAUUACAUAUAAUUAGUAAUCAACCUACAGAUGAAAAUGAAUUAAAAAUAAAGCAAAUGUCAUUAUUAAAUGAAAAAGAAAAUAAACUAUUUCCAAACUUAAAAAGAAAUCAAAUUCCAAAGAAAACAAUUACAUAUGCUCGUAUAAAUAAACAACCCCAAGAUCAAAAAGAAAGAAUAAAUCAAUCACCACUAAUUCCAAUGAAUAAUUGUUAUGAAGAUAAUGAUAAAUCUAAUAAUUAUAUACUUGAUGAAGUAUAUAAUGAAAAAGAAGAUAAAAACAUUGUUGAUUUAACAAAUAUGAAAGAACCAGCUUGUCUUGCUUUAGACAUUGAAGAAGAUUUUUAUGUAUUAAGAAAAAAAGAUGAUCAUGUUAAUCAAUGUUAUGAUUUAUCAUUAGAAACUCAAUCAAUUUUUAGAUCUUUAAUUCCACUAUUGUAA